AUGGUAGCCCUUGAAGAGGUCGAGGGCAGCCUCCUCCAGAAGCCAUCUGAUGCUGCCCAUGAAGUCCCCUCUCGAAGUUCUUCCGCUUACAGGCCCCUGAAUUCCUUCGCCCUCGACAAGCAACGAUCCUACAAGCAACAGUAUGGCGACAUGUAUUUCCUACGUCUCACCAAGAUCAAGCCGGCUGUCGACCAGGUAGCAGCCACGGCCUGGGAUGGAACAACCGUUGGAGAUGAGGAGGUCCAGCGAGUCGACCGUGUCCUCGAUGUUCGCCAAGGAGAACUGUGCUACGUGACCGGCACCGUAUAUAUGGAAAUGCCCCUGAAGCCGAAUAUUCUGGAGGAUGUUUCCAAGGACCGCUGGAUCUCCGCUCCUAUUUCGACGCCCAAAUACUUCUCCGAUGACGACCAAAUCAUGUUAGAGGACGAGUCAGGCCGUAUCAGGCUGGUCGGCGACAUUCUCAAGACUGUACAACUUGUAACGGGAUGCAUUGUUGGAGUUAUGGGCACCGAAAACUCCAAUGGAGAGUUUGAGAUCAUCGAUAUCAAAUUCCCAGACUUGCCUCCUCAACCAGAACGCUGGAGUCUCUCAAACCCCGUUUCGGACAAAAGCAAGACAAAGGAUGAAGAUGAGGAGAUGACUGAUGCUUCCGAUAAGAAGAAGGGUAACAAAAAGAUUGCUGUUGUGUCUGGCUUGUCCUUCUCAGGCACAGAUGCUUCUUAUGCUCUUGAGCUUGAUCUUCUUCUUGAGUAUCUGCUCGGUGAAGCCUUGGGCUCUUCGGGUCAGAUCGAUGUUUCUCACAUCAGUCGACUUAUCAUCGCUGGAAACUCUAUCUCGACAACAGACCGACAACCUGCCGCCGCAGACGAGGCACUUCCAGAAAAGAAGGGCCAGAAGAAGUAUGGUUAUGACGCGAGUGCAUAUAACCCACUUCCUUCUCAGCUCUUCGAUGCUUUUGUUGCCGAGCUCCUCCCGUCCAUUCCCGUUACAAUGCUCCCUGGUGCCCGGGACCCUGCGAAUGCUAGUUACCCACAGCAGCCUGUGCAUCCUGCAAUGUUUCCUGCAGCGCGAGCUUACACUCGUGAUCCAGCUGCCCCUGUUGACCAGCCAGGCUGGUUUGACACUGUCACAAACCCUUGGGAGGCUGAGCUUGAAGGGUGGCGCGUCCUGGGCACCGGUGGUCAGAACGUUGACGACGUUUUCAAGUACGUUGGUAGCGAUGACCGUCUUGGCAUGAUGGAAGCCAUGUGCCGAUGGCGAUGCUGUGCUCCGACUGCACCUGAUACACUAUGUAAGCACACAUCUGCCUGA